ACUCGCGGCGGUAUGGCGGCCCCAGAAAAAGCAAAGCCGCGGCCAAGGCGACGGCCGGCAAGAAAACGCCCACGACCUCACUACCUCCGCCCCGGCGGCUAUAUUUGGCACCAUAGCUACCAACCAUACCCCGACUGCAAAAGCGUAUCAUGCGGAGACGGUACGCCAAUGGCACCAAUAAAGCGCGCUUGUAGUAUGCUGGAUGCUGUAACGCAUUACCAGCAUGACGGACGAAAUUGCAUUGCAUGUUUCGACGCACCGCAAACAUGCAACAUACAAGGUUUUCUUCAUCUUGCAUACUCCGUCUACAACGUGGAACCCGCGCCGCCGCCCGCGUCCCAUAUGGAAGUCGUUAUCGUGUGCAUCGGUUUCGUAUGCGACGCAAAUAUCUCUGGUUCUGGAAAGUUGUGCUGAUGCUGAUGCGUGGAUAGCCAAGAUGAAACCUCCAUUCGUACAAAGUCACGCAUGGCAAGCCGCGUCCUUUUUACAUGACGAGCAAAGAAAUGGCGCUGCAUUGUCCCAUGCGUGACAGGUUUUCUUUUUGACUCCUGCCAGCCAAGCAUUACUAAAGUAAUGUUGCACUAAUCUCUCCGUCCUGGACAUGUUUGCGUUCGAUACUUCGCCUCAAUGGCGUCCCUGGUCCUGGUCUUCUACCGUAACUUCCAGGUCUUGUCCCCGGAUUUGCAAACCGCUGCGCUGCUGGCGUGAUAAGUAAAACAAAGCUGGCGCCCACGACACAUAUUUACUGCGCACCAGGAGGACGAUGAAACUACAACGUGCUGGCGUGGGACGACGUGCUGGCGCCCUUUUACUCUGAUCGCAGAGGGGCACGAGCUUCCUAAAAAAAGUCAGCUCUUCGUUGUGUACCAUAUAUGGAAAGUAAGGUGGCGAAAAAAGAAACGGAAUGGACGAAAGCUUCUUUGCGAGCUUCGUUGCAGCUUUGACAAAGGCAAGUGUUGCUGUUGACAAAAGGCAGGACGUUGCUUCUGGUAGAUUCUUGAACACCUGCUUUACGAACGGUUGAGUUCAGUUUUACUCACCGUGCGUUUCUUUUGUUCUUGAAAAACAU